CAGCCUGCACCGGGAAACGGGGCUCCCACUUUCUGGCUGCAGGUUCUCGGCUGCAGAGGAGCAAAAGAGAAAGCCGUGGAGGGAGAAAGAGAAGGAGGGAAAGAGGGAGAGGAAAGGAAGGAAGGGGGAAAAAAGGGGGGUUGGGAGGAAGGAAGGAGGAGAAAUAGCAGCAGCAUCUCUCGGCAGGAGAAUUAUGCAUGCACUAAGCAAGCUCUGAGAGAAUGGCUGUGGAAGCUAUCCAUUGUAAUCUAAAUCCAAAUGGUAUCGAACUCUCUGUCCGCACGGAAGGAAUUAACCUACAACUUGAAGGGGACAGACUGGACUCAUCCUCACUCAAGAAGGAAAACUCUAAGUUGCCGGAGUCAAAAGGAACACCCAAGAAGCAGCAGGCGGAACCAGAAGCAUCUAAGGAGUUUGGUCUUGAGCAUCCAAAGAAUUUAUGUCCAUGGAAAACAGCAUACACUGUGGAGUGUUCUCCUUCUCAUGGGAAUGACUGUCUGUGAUUUGGAAAGUCAUUAGUCCUACUAAUUACAAAAUAUAUCUGGUUUUGGCCAGUUAAUAAAA